CUACUCCGACAAUGAAUCCACACAUAAAACGGCCAACCGUAUCGUUUCUUGUCAUCUCUCCUUCCAGGCUUUUUCCUCUUUGAACGCAUCUAAACUUUCAUAGUAUUACCACGACAACCGGCAAAACAUUUAAUCUUUCAAUUACCCACGUGGGUAUAGCCAAUGAGGAGAUGAAACUUGGGUCCCUGCUUCUAUAAACCAAUGAGGAGAUGGGAGAGGCAGGACUUUCAGCGCGAUCUGUGUCAGAAAUAGAAAAGUAUAAUCAAAAUGUUUCUAUUUUAGCCCUUGGCAUUGCAGACGUUCGUUGGCGCGCGCACGAGCAGUGUGGGUGCAAUAAUUGAAUAUCAUGGAUUUCUACAUUUCUUUUCCGAUGCGCACGCGACGUGUGCAGUCUGGUCAGCAUGUGAGGUGUAUAACUGGGGCCUUUGCUCUGUUGACCUUUACUAUGAAGCUAAUACAUAUAGAUUAAUCUGCCCUGUAAUAAAUGCACAUUGGUGUCGAGGAGAAAUGUAUCACUGUGUGUGUGUGUGUGUGUGUGUGUGUGUGUGUGUGUGUGUGUGUGUGUGUGUGUGUGUGUGUGUGUGUGUGUGUGUGUGUGUGUGUGUGUGUGUGUGUGUGUGUGUGUGUGUGCGUGUGUGCGUGUGCGUGUGCGUGCGUGCGCGUGUGAAUGGCAUAAUAUAAUAUCAUCAGUUGCUAAUACACCUUGUAUAUUUGUCUAGGGUAUUGGCCAUCAACUUUUACUUCAUUAAAAGUCUUUAUAAAAUGUGAAUUGGUCCAUACAAAGAUUAAAAGAUGGGUUUUAUUUACGUUAAAUAUUAGUUUGUAUUUGUGUUAGUUAUCAGGUUUAACCAAAGGGGAUAAGUAAGUUGAGUGUUAAAAUAAAUACAGUAGGUUGCAACUUGAAAUAUAGGUUUGUUAAUAAUCAAAUAUAACAGUUGGCGUUGAAUCAUAUGUUUGGUUUCAACAAAUGCAAAAGAAAUGUUUCAAUUGAGAACCUAACUCGUUUACUUGUAACUAGUUGAAGCAAUUUUAUACAGUACAUGUAGCCACCAAUCCUAUCGGCAAAUUUAUGGAUGAUUAGGCUCACAUUUUACAUCUCACAUGUGGGCUAUAUUAUAGGCCAAUAGCCAGCCUAGACAUAUUUAUCAAGUAGCCUAUCGGGCCACAGACACUUAGGGCAACUCAGAACACUGGAUGUAUUUAGUUAAAUGUAUUUUCUGUUGAGAAUAGUUUUUAAAAAUUAUAUGCAGAACAUCUCACUUGGAUCGGGACCACUGUCCUCCAUAUUUUGUCCUUCUUUAUCAUCCAUCCAGCCCUGCACUUUUCCUUAGAAUGGUAUGCCCCGGCAUGAGCCUAUAGAGCCUGUUGAUACAUCUCCUCUACACCCUGCACGCUCAUAUUAUUUUCCUCGGCAUUCUGCAAAGCCUCGAAUGUGGAUUGGAUGAAGCUGUAGGAUACAUCUCAAAAUUUAUGCUAUACAUAGAAUAGUGUAUGUUCUAUAAUGUAGACUAGUCGAGGUAUAUGUUUUAAUUAGGCUACAGUUGUCUUGUGUCUGGCUACAUUGGAUUACCUGGAGCAGCUAGAAUCAUCCGUCGCCCUAAUGGGCUUUGACUGUAUCCUAUUCAUAGGGAGUGAGUAUCAAAAUGAGGGAUGCUGAACGAUUCGGAUGAGUCGUUCUGGGGCAAGAUGCGGACAGAAUGGCUGGGGCAGUGCUUCGUAGGAUGCUGAGGCUUUGUGAUGGUGGAUUCUUGUGGAUGGGAAAUGCUCCCUGAUCUUCCCUGCCCUCCUCCUCCCUCUCCUGAACACCCCAAUCCCUCCAUCUCUCGUUCUCACUUUCUCCAUCACUCCAUCACUCUCUGGUCAUCAUGACGUCCACGCUGCAAACGCUGGCGCUCAAGCUGGCCCCGCCCCCUCAGGACCUAAACCCUGAGCGGUUGGACGGCUGCGAGGAGACGGGCCGGCGCUACAAAGUGGUUCCCUCCGUCGUGUGCUCCAUGUGUUGCCUCUUCGGCAUCAUCUACUGCUUCUUCGGGUACCGUUGUUUCAAGGCGGUGAUGUUCCUGACGGGCCUGAUGUUCGGCUCCAUCGUCAUCUUCAUGUUGUGUUAUAAGGAGCGCGUCCUGGACACCCAGCUCAGUGUUGAGGCCUCUGUGGGCAUCGGCCUGGGCAUUGGCACCCUCUGCGGCCUGGUCACCAUGCUGGUUCGCUCCGUGGGUCUCUUCAUGGUGGGUCUCCUCCUGGGCCUCUUGGUGGCUGUGGCUACCCUGGUGGGCAUGGAGGAGCUGUCCAACAGCCCCCCGAGGUCGGUCUGGGUCCCCCUGGGGGUGCUGCUCGGCCUGGGCAUGCUGUUCGCCGUUCUCACCCUCCAAUGGCAGCGCUUCUUCACCACCGUGUCCACGGCCGUGUUCGGGGCGGCGGUGAUCACCGUGGCACUGGACUACUUUGUGGAGCUGUUUGCCCUGGUGCUGUACCUGUACGAGAGGGUGAAAGCGGCGCCCAGAGGGAGACCCGUCUGUUGGAUCACCUGGGUGGUGCUGGGGGUGUGGCCUGUUCUGACGCUCCUGGGGGUGCUGAUACAGUGGAAGGUGACAGCAGAGGGAUACUCCCACACCAAGGUGAUAAUCAGUCGUCAGCAGCGGCGGGUCCAGCUGAUGCGUAUCCGUCAGAAGGAGGAGCGGAGGGACCGCAGCAGGAAGAGGAAGAAUAAGCAACAGAGAGACUCCACCCACAGCUCUCACCCUCCCAAACCCCUGCACCCCGAGCCCGCCUAUCGCAGGAAACCCAACCCUAUACGACGCUUUGACGGGGACGUCCUAUCGCCUAGUUACAUCCAGAGUUUCCGGGACAGGCAGGUUGAGGCCAGGCCAUAUCCUGGAGGGGGCAGACUGAUGGGGGGAGGAGGGGCUCACACCAAUGUGGAUGUGGACUAUGACUGUGGCUCCACCACGCCCCUCACUGCGGCUGCAGGCCCCUUACUACGAGUCUGAACACUCCCCUAACCACUGGUCCAACACCCCCAAUGAUCUGGCAGCCACUUUACACCCCCAAUAGGUGUGACCACACCCACAACCCACCUGUGCUGCAGUAUGGAUCUGACCACACCCCUAAAUGGUGCGACCACACCCCCAAAGGCCUGUAUUGCAGUAUAGGUCUGGCUGACCACUCCCCCACCACAAUGCUGGAGCCAAUCAGAGUAUGUGAAUAGUAAAGGCCUGAACUCCUUUUUCUGUUUCACACACACACACCAGCCACAUGCAUGAAAAUAAUGUAGACACAUCCACAAACACCGCAGUGGAACUGGACCUGGUGAACAGAGAGAGAAAUACAGGGCCUCCAACUGGAUGGAUAGAUGUUACCUGAGGCUUCUCUCUCUCCAUCCAGCCUCCAGCCAGUCUCCAUCGGGACACGGUUUAAAGAAGCAUGGCUCAGGUUUCAAACGAGGCAUCGUUUUACCACGGACACCGGAAUACAAUCCUCUCUCUUCAGCAUUUUGAAAGAUUCAACUUAGUCUUGUCUACUGCUCGGCAGUCUUAAUUCCUCAAAUCAUUCUCUGUCGUCAACAGGCAGUUCCUUUGUACUGCAUUUCUACGGUUCCAUCCUUCUAUGGAGUUGGGACCUUCUGAUGAGAACUGACUAGUCAUAAACACCCCUGCUCUGUGCCAUGCUCUGUGCCAUGCCAGCCCAACAACAGAUCACCUCCUGGGAAGGAGAAGAAUAUCUGUCUUUUAAGAGGAAGCAUUAUGCAUUCUUGGUGCUGGACGAUAUCCUUCUUUGGAAAGCAGUUUGAAAUCCCCCUUCUUUAAAUGAAGUUUGGAGAUCCGGUUGAUUUACGGGUGCCUUGUGACUGCCCUUACUUGGACUGUACCACUCAGCAGUGAGAGGGUGGUAAUUGGCAGUGGUCACUGACUGAGAGAUGUGAGAGACUAUAUGAUAACAUGUUAUAUUAUUAUAGUGACAGACAACAAAGUUGUUGCGAUAGGAAUGAGGGUAGGCCUAUGUCUAGCAGAGGAGCAACAGUGACCCAAUCAGGGAGCAAGCAAGGAAACAGUGGAUGGUGAUUGGUCUAAACUGCCCUGGGCUCUACCAAAAGGAACCCUACAUGUAGUCAGCACAGGGUCAACAAUAGGUCAAUAAAGAGUUCAAAACAGAAAGGGGUCCGAAUAAACGAUCGACCAAUACAACGAGAGUAUUGACCACUCCCCCUCCACUCUACAGAGAGGAGCAUUCAGGUCACAGAGGAUCGCCUACAUAUAGAUAGACCCCUACAUAAUGUGCAUUGGCUUUUUAAUAUGGGUCAUAGCAUUCUGUCUAUCGUGUAUCAGUAAAUGACAUCUAUGUUUUAUUAUUGUCUUUGACUCAGACUGUGAAAGGGGCUGUGAGUGUGAAAAACAUGAUAAAAUAAUACAGGCGUGAUAUUAUUAUUAUGAUUAUUAUGAUUAUUAUGAUUGCCCCAUUGGGCUGUGGGUCGGGACAGGGUAUGAGAAUCAAAGUUAUUUUCCCAGAAUCUUCCAGGGGAAAUUGACCUGGCUGCAUGACUCGGUGUUUCCUUCCUGUUCCUGUCCCCCUCUCUUAUCUGUCCCCCGUGGCUUUGUCCUCCUCACCUCACCAGACAGUGGUUCCUAUCCCCUCUAGCCUGGUCAGCCCACAUCUAACAACCACGUGCAUAGUUUGUUAAACACUUCUCAUGAAUAGCUUCUUAAUAAUGCAUUAUAAGCACAUGUAUAAUGCCUUAUGAGCUAUGUAUAGUGCACUAUAAUGCAUAGAGAUUAAAUUGAUAUUCAUGAGCACUUAUUAUGCGCUUAUUUUACAUUAUGAAGAGCAUAUUCAUAGGAAGUGUUAGCAAAUUAGCCUGAGUGGCAGUCUUGUUAAAGCCAUCGUUUCAACUCCUUGCCGUGACAAUGAGUUGGCAUGGUAGCACAAACAGAUCUGGGACCAGGCUAUUACAGACUUGUCCAUACAGCACAAACAGAUCUGGGACCAGGCUAUUACAGACUUGUCCAUACAGCACAAACAGAUGUAAUUCCCCACUAGUGAUCAUUCCUCUGAUCUUCUGUUUUGUACAUAAACAACACUGUAUUUUGACCAUUUAUCUGUAUUUCUUGCUUUAUUUGAUUGUUUAUUUGUUCUUAUGGAUUUAUUUUAGGAUAUUUCAUUUUAUUUAUAUGAAAUGAACCUUUUAUUUAACUAGGCAAGUCAGUUAAGAACAAAUUCUUAUUUACAAUGACGGCCUACCGUGGAACAGUGGGUUAAACGCCUUGUUCGGGGGCAGAACAACAGAUUUUUACCUUGUCAGCUCGGGGAUUCGAUCCAGCAACCUUUCGGUUACUAGUCUAACGCUCUAACCACUAGGCUACCCGCCGCCCAAAUAACAUGUCCUUUCUGAAGUACUGUAUGUAGAUUUAUUUAUCAGGUAAUUUAUUGACAUUAUGUUAUUGACAUCUUUUGACUUCAAGAGUGCAGCCUCAUAAAUGUAGGCCAGUGAUAUUCCAUGCUUCUUAUUACAAAUAUCAUUAUUAAUACUAUUAUUAUUAUUAUUAUUAUUAAAGCAUGUGUUUUUAUGGGCCUGUAUAUGAUAAACAAAGUGAUUCUUCAA